AUGGCAACAAAACUUGCUCUUCCUGGCAUGGGCCACGAAUUGUGCACUAUGUCCGGCAUUGGAGGACACAUUGAGAAAUUCAACAGCAAAAAUGUGCAGCUCAAAAUCCUGACAGCAUUCGGUGAUGAAGUGAACCUUCAGAUUCAAACAAAACCAAUAAUUACAAAUGGCUUUCCAUCGGUUGAACUGACGAAGGAAGAUAAACAGUUCUUACAGUAUAAAGAUCUGUACAUUUGCAACCCAAAACUUUUAAUUCAAAACCAAGAAAUUCAAAAUCUGCAUAUUUUAGUAGGACUAGAUCACUACUACGAUUUUAUACUAAACAGUUGCCACGCUGUACAAUUACCGUCGAGAUUGCACUCUUCAAAAACCAUUUUCGGACCCGCAAUACAUGGGCGCGGGCGUGAUCCACAAUUUGCGCAUGAUCAAACAAGUAUGACGUACGGUCUAAUGUCAGUAAACGAAAGAUCAGAAGCAGAAAUUCUACACAAAAUGUUCGAACUUGAAGGAAAGUUUCACGGUCUACAAUUUGGAGUGCCUGAAAUGCCAUCACUUCCACCAGAUCGUGUGGUAAUUACGAAAGCAUUUCAAAAUGUCGGAUGCGAUCUUAUUGGACCAUUUGAAUCGAAAAUGGAUGAAGGAAUGUACAGGAAUUUGAAAUCCUCAAUUCCAGUUGUUGCUAUAGACAGAGAUCAUGAUAAAGACUUUGAUUCUAACCUAAUCCAAAGCGUGUCACAAGCAAAAGAAGCACUCGAAUUCUCGGAAAGGAUAUCCAACAGACAACCAAGACAUGGAAAGAAUAUGAACCUAAAAAUCCGGGAAAUUGUUCUUGUUGAACAGGAACAGCCAAACCAAGCAUCAAAGAAGCGUGCAUAUGAAGUUAUUCAACGGUUCGAACAAAGUCUGGAGUAG